AUGGUCCAUGAUGAACAUGAUGUUGACCGAAACGACCAUCAUUGUCUUGAUGAGGAUUAUGACCUCAACCAUUCUCUAACCGAGAGUGUUUUGAGCAUGGAGGAAGUGAAAAAGCUAGUUUAUCUGCAUGGUGCUUUGUGUGAAGUUCUGAGACUUUUUCCUCCUGUACCUAUUGAACGCAAGCAAGCAAUUGAAGCUGACACGCUUCCAAGUGGCCAUAGAGUUAACGCCAAUACAAUGAUAAUGUUUUCCUUGUAUGCAAUGGGGAGGAGUGAAGAGAUAUGGGGAAAAGAUUACUUGGAGUUCAAGCCUGAGAGAUGGAUAUCCGAGAGAGGAGAAAUUGCCUAUAUGCACCAGCUUACAAAUUCAUUGCUUUUAAUGCAGGACCAAGAAUCUUACCGUUUCCAAGUUGUGGAAGAUCAUGUUGCCACUCCAGGCCAUUCGAUCAUCCUUCUCAUGAAGAAUGGUUUGAAGGCUAGGAUACUGAAAAGACAAGUUUGA